AAUCAAACAGCUGAUUUUGACAUCGAAUGCGUCAUCUACUUUUUUAGCAAAAUAAAUUGUAUUCAGGUUUGAAAUUUUCACUUCAUCUAAUGAGAAAUUGUACAAUUUUAAGAUAUUGAACAUGGGAGAUAAAACAGGAAACCCGUACGACAUGGACAGUGCAGGUUUUGAUCCGGACCGUUAUCUACAGAAAUUGUUGAAGGAAUGUUCGCUUAAACAAAUUAUGGAUACCGAGACGGUUAUCGUCCGUCAAACACAAACAUUACAUAGCGAUAUGCAAACGCUGGUUUACGAAAACUAUAACAAAUUUAUUUCGGCUACCGACACAAUCCGGAAAAUGAAGACUGAUUUCAAAAGUAUGGAGACUGAAAUGAAUUUACUGGUGUCAAAUAUGGCCACGAUUACCGAAUUCAGCGAAAAAAUAACAGAUACACUGCAAGAAACGAGAAGUCAGCUGACGAGGCUUUCUGGCAAACAUCAGCUAUUGAAGAAACUUCAAUUUUUGUCCUCUCUUCCGGCUAAGCUUAAAACAUUAAUAGAAGAGGGAAACUAUCACCAAGCAGUACAGGACUAUGCCCAUGCACAAACAGUGUUACAGCAGUACGGUAAUCAACCGUCAUUCCAGGGGAUCCAGAAAGAUUGCAUCAAAAUUCUGGGCGACUUAAAAAUGCUGCUUAAGCAAGAAUUCCAGAAGACAGGGAGAAGUGCACAAUCAUUGACCGAAAUUGGUGAAUUAUUACUACAGCUUGAUGAGAAGCCGUCAGAUUUGGCAAAAGAGAUGCUGGAACAUGCCACCAAAAGGCUACAUGAGCAGAUAGUGAUGCUUCAAGAUCAAACUGACCGUGAUAUGAUCGAGUUUAUCGAUUUAGGAAUCGAAGGUUUCCUAAAUGAUCUGACACUGGUUAUAAGUUCGUACAACGACAUGUUUUUGACAAAGCAUAUUGAACAGGAAGCCGAUGAUUUUGAGGAGACCGCGAGGAUUGAUUUGAAUAAUUUUGUUAAUAGAAAUAUUGACGAAUAUUUAUCGUUGGUUCAAGACCGUGCCGAGGUUGAAAUAGGCCAUGGGGAUUCGCAAAUAAUUUUGCGAGGGCUGGACCGUCUUCACCGACGUUUGACCGCGAUGAAAUCCCUGUGUCGCGCUGUGGAUAUGAGCAAGUCCGGCAUUGACAUAAUCAUUAAUGCCGCCUACCAUCUUUGUAAAGCCCAUAUGAAAUCUCUUAAAGAUCACUUUUCUGAUAAUUUGAGCUCCAUUAGACUGGCGUUGGUUUCUGUUAAAUCAGAUACUUCUUCCUCCUCGUCCAAUUCUCCUCUAGCUGGUUUGAAAGACCUGAUUUCUAAUCUAUACGUUUCAACGAUGGAGAAAGUGAAGGGACUGUUACAAGAUUUGCUGAUUUUUCUACAGUCCGAUUGGUCGUUUAAUCUCAAAACGGACGCCAAAGGAGCAGCUUGUAUUGAGGGAAUCCGAGAGAAUUUGUUGGUUGGGUUUUUGCGACACAUAUCCAACACCAUGAAUGGAUUUGGUAAUAACAAUUCCUCUAGUCCCACUCUGCUGCUUAUUCUUUCUAAAAUGUGUUUGGAAAUGGACAAGAAAGGAGUUCAUGUUCUGAUUUCGCUAGCAGAUGAACUGUAUGACAUUGAUUCGGAGAAUAGCACCACUCUGGUUCAUGAAACCGAGCUUUGCUCGGAAAUGCGCGAUUCAGCACAAAAUCUUCUGGAUUCAUACGUUCGUCUCCAAGGGCUGAACCUAUCUCAAAUGCUGCGUAAAAGCGUCGAAACUCGGGACUGGCUGAAUUGUUUAGAGCCACGAUCAGUUCGGGCAGUAAUGAAGCGCGUAGUGGAAGAACUUUCAGUGAUCGAUAGUGUUCUCGGAGAGUUGUACGACAGUAACGAUUUGCGGACAGCAGCGAGCAGUGAUUCCAGUCGGAAAACCCAUUUCAGCAUGACAACUUCGAAGCAGUCUCAGUAUCGUUCGACCUGGUCCACAUAUACUCCAUCCCAGAUGGACAGCAGUUUCGUUUCGAAUAUACACCGACUGUUUUCGGAGAAAAUCGAGAUUUUCAGCUCGGUGGAAUUUUCGAAAGUUUCAAUCAUAACAGGCAUCAUCAAGAUAUGCUUGAAGACGCUGCUGGAAUGCGUUCGUUUGCGGACCUUCAGCAAGUAUGGUCUGCAGCAGAUUCAGGUCGAUGCACAUUAUUUGCAAAUGAAUUUAUGGCGGUUUGUCUCGGAUGAGAAUCUGAUACAUGUCCUGUUGGAUGAGAUACUGGGGUCGGCAGUAUUGCGGUGUUUGGAACCAAUUUUAAUGGAACCGAAUGCGGUGGAAAUAAUUUGUGAACGAAAUUAGACGUACAUUCCAUCUUUAUUGAGGUACUUAUAUGGUGAAUAGUGAUAAUGUUUACACCCUGAUAUUGUUUUAUCGACAUGGUCAUAUUAGGCAGUAUUUAACUUAAUGCUGUUUGGAACAUUCGGAUAUAGGUAUAGAAAACUUCUUGUAUUCAGGCUGUAAUCUUGCGAUAUAAUUUGCAUUCGGAAAACCACAAUUCUCUCUCUAACAGGGAAGUUGGAUUUCAGAGGAAUCUCUAGUAAAUGAAUUAUUCGUCACUAUUUAUUCGCCGCACGGAAUAGAGCGGAAUAAUUAGUUGAUGUUCUUUGAAUAAGUCUAUAUCGAUAAAAAAAAUAUGAUUGUGGGAACCCGUAUAACAGUAUAACACGAGUAAUAUAUGCA